UUUUUUUGCUCCACUCGAUCAGUAGCCGUCGGCGGAGACAGUCCUCCAAUUUUCAGUAGCCGUUCGUAUCCGGUAGUUACCCGAUUCCGUCUCACCGACUCCGGCACGCGCUAACGGCCUUUCAUUCGUUUUCGCAACCGUUGGCGGGGCAUGUGAUAGUCCCAAAGCCCUUAUGCUAGUGGAAAAAACGCUCAACUAACUAAGAAAUUAAUUAAUAAUUAAAUCUAAUUAAUAAAUAAAUUAAUUAUUUAACAAUGAGUGAUCAGACGAAGAAGAUCGCACCACUGCCCCCAACCUUGGAGGACUUUAAGGCUCCUGUCCUGCCGGACAACAAAAUAGUGCUCUUCUUCCAUCCGUACAACUUUUAUUCGCAAAAAAUUCUCCUCAUUCUUUACGAAAAGAAAAUCGACUUUUUCCCCUACGUGCUGGACCUUUACAAUGGCGAGCAGUAUUCCAGCUGGUUCUUGAAUCUGAACCCCAAGGGAGAUGUGCCCGUAAUCCAGGAUGGAGCCUUUGUUAUCCCCAAUUCGGCGCACAUCGUCAACUAUUUGGAGAGCAAAUUCCGAGGAGAGAAGUAUCCAUCGUUGAAACCUCCGCACAACUCUAGGGAAUACGACGACGUGAUGCUGUACGAACACGCUGUGAGUCGCCUGCCAGUAGGUGCCCUUAGCCUGGGUUCCUUCAUUCAUGACGACCUGAAACUGACGCCCAAGGCUCCUUUCAUAGGACCCAUAAGACAGUCCUGCCUGAAGAACAACGAGAAGGUGAUCGAACUACUCCGCCAGUCAUUGGAAGAAGCAGCCAACAAAACUGCUCUACGCCAAAAGCUGGACAUUCAAAUCCGUCGACGGGAUCUGGUCACAGAUCGGACCGAGUUCCAGCGCGUCUUAGAUGCUGUAAGAAAAUUUUUGCUCUACGUGGAGCAGGAACUCUCCGCCCAGGCCCCAAAAACCGAGUGGCUGCUGGGCGAUGAUAUAACCCUGGCGGACAUCACUUUGGGACUACUGCUGCAUCGGCUGUACCAGUUGGGAUUCGAGAACUACUACUGGACCUUCGGUAAACUGCCUGGAGUCGAGGCGUACUUCCUGCGAUUCCGUCAACGCGAAUCCUACCACCGUUUGCAGCCAAGCAACUAUGCCAUUCUGCGCGAGAUGUGGGUACGAACGCCAGGCAACUACAAAUUAGGAGCGGGAGCCGGCUUCCUGGGUAUGGCCAUGUUCGCCGCCUUCGCACACAAGUAGCGGAGGAUGAGGCACCAUUUUUUUUGUUAACAAAUCCUUUUACUAUUAAAGUUGGGCACAUAUAAACACACGAACAUAUGAACGCUUAAAGCUACGCGCUGCUGAUGAAGGAUGCUGGGAUGCUGGGGUGAAAGGAUGGUAAAAAAGAAAAGGAGCGUAAGGAGCAGGACGCGAACCAGUGCCAGCCUCGAGCUGCUUAGAAUAUCAUUAUAGUUUCCUCAUUACAUCGUCGCUGAAUAUACAAAAAUUUGGUAUAAAUUCCA